CUUUUCACCGACUCCAACGCUAGCGCCGUUAGCCUGCCUGAAAUCUGCCUGUCUUGGCAUUAUAGAGGCCUUGUGUUUUGCCAGUCAACUCGACUUUAAUACAGUCACUUAGUCUUCGUAAAAGCGAUUGAUCGAGGUGCAGGAUGUACAGUUUCAUGGGCGGAGGGCUGUUCUGUGCAGGCGUGGGGAACAUCCUCUUGAUCGUUUCCACGGCAACCGAUUAUUGGAUGCAGUACCGGCACUCCAACAACUACAUGCAUCAGGGACUUUGGCGAUACUGCAUGCCGGGGAAAUGCUUCACACACAACGUCAGCAUCGCACACCUGGACGCCACCCGUGCCCUCAUGAUCCUCGCCCUGCUGGCUUGCUUCAUAGGCAUCAUCAUCGGCAUCAUGGCCUUCAUACACUACUCCUCCUUCGACAGGUUUGAUAAGACCUUUGCUGCAGGCAUACUGUUUUUCAUCUCAUGCUUCUUUGUGUUUCUAGCGAUGGCUGUGUACACUGGGGUGACGAUAAACUACUACGGUAAACGCUACGGCAACUGGCGCUUCUCCUGGUCGUACAUCAUUGGCUGGGUGUCAGUGGUGCUCACCUUCUUUUCAGGUAUAUUCUAUAUGUGUGCCUACAGAAUGCAUGAGUGUCCCAGAAACCCAAACUCUCAUUAGAAGACUGAUAUGACAUCAUGAGACAUGUAUUAUGAUGAGAGCCAAUCAGAGUUGUCCUCUGUUUUCUAAAGUCAAUAUGGCCCAACUAUCUCCUGCUGAAAUGGAAAGGGCUCUAGAUUUUCAAAUUAUUCAAAUAAAAACUGUUGGGGG